AGUCCCACUUUUCCCCCCAUUACAACACCCCCGCAUGCGAUUAAGUUUAAUAAAGUUAGUUCAAAAUAAAACUACUACAAAAUGCAGAGACGGCAUACAACCACGAGAGGGCAAAUCUUUAUAUCUCUUUGCUGUGUUGUGUACUUGGGAUUGUUUGGUAUAUCUGGUGCACAUUAAUUCAACACAUUCAAACUAAUAGCCAUCGGCACAUCUUUCUUGAGCACGCACUUUCUGAGCAUUGAUUCGUCUCAAUACAAAGUGUCACAUCUAUCUCAGGAUCUUCGACUACGGUGUUAAUGUCGUAAGAAUAUAGGUCACACUGGGUUUGUUUUGGUGGUUUGUUUACACAGCACCUAAGCUGAUAGUUAUCUCUGGACUCGCCGUGAGGAGCACGCACGCCGUACUGUCGGGUUUUGAUGACGCCAUCACUGGGACUUUCCGGAUACGUCACUCGGGGCUUCCGAGUUAUUAAGCUAGCUCUCCCUCUGUGUUCAUGUCGUUAGACUCUCUAAACGUCGCCUCGUCGCUCUGAGUACACACCAAAAGAGACAAUGAAAACGCCAGCGGCUCCUCACAGCACCAAAAGGUUUGAAUUUUGAGACACUGUUGUCAGAAACGACGGUCAGACCGAGAGGCGGAAUGUCAACAACGCGGCCCCUCCUCGGAAUGAGACGAGUCACCGAGCUAACGUGUCCGGAGCUGCCGACCAGCAGGCUCCCUGCGUCAGCCGGGAGGCAGCAGCCAGAGACCCCCACUGUGGACGAGUUUACAGUGCUAGAGGACAAAGAAGAGGAGCUGAAAUGUGCCAAACCUCGAGUGGAGCAGGUUUUUAAAGUGACGUUCACAAUAAUUGGACUGUUGGACUACACGGGACAGCCGCACUGUGGCAAAACAUCACGGCAGAUCUGGCUGCAGCUCAGGGGGAACAGAGAGGACGUGUCGAAGGCUAAGGAAUAUGUCCGAGGACUCUGUGACCCAGAACUGCAGAAAGAUGAGCGGUACCCGGUGGACAUGCAUUGCAUUUUUGCUGGUGCCCGAGGCCUCUUCCUCGACAGGCUCAUACGGGACACAAGUGCUGAGGUUUUGGUGGCUGAGCCAGGCCGCCUGCGGUUGCUGGGCCGGGCCGAACCUGUAGUUAUGGCCCAGAGCAGAGUUCAGCAAUUUGUAGCACUAUUCCAGGAGAAGCGGAGUCUACCGAGCGACAGAGAGCCGGCAGUGAAACGAUCAUUCAAGUCCUUUGUGGAGGAAAGAGAUGAUAAGUACACUAUGGAGCUUCUCCUGCUGCCCAGUGCACUGAAAGAAGAGUUACUGGGACUGGCUCAUAGCCCCACUACCACCAACACAUCCUCCAUGGCUCAAAUGAACAAGACACUUCAUCCCAGUAUGGCAGAGGUUGAUCAGGAUCGCUCAAAGAGCAGCACCCCUGUGACGGAGCUCUCCAUCCGCAUCCUGGACACCAGCUUCGAGGACAGAGGAGCCGAAGCGGCAUCCUUGGGUGGAGGAGGAAAAGCAGGUGGAGCAGUAGGAUCAGGCUCUGAAGCCAUCUUACUAAACGGCACUCGACCCUCACACAAGCGGCGCUCUUCUGAGAGCGAGACUCGGGACACAAAGAGACAGUACUCUCUGGAGCGGAGGGACGAGUCGCCUGAGAGGGCGAGAGAGAGGGAGCGGCAAAGGGAUAGAGAUGGACGGGGGAGCAGCAGCAGCUGUAGAUCCAAAACCCCCUCUGCUUCUUCAUCGGUCUCCUCUUCAGCAAAAGGAAACACAGUCGGCCCGAUCGUGCUGGACUCCAGUGAAGGAGUCUCAGAUGACGGAGAGGCAGUCAGUCCUGAAACUAACCUCCGCUGCUUGGUCAAUUUCUUCAGAACCAUGGGUUACCAGCAGGAAGUGGUGGAGCGUGUUGUCAAGGAGACGGGACAGACUGAGGAUACCUUCCUCGUUCUGGAAAAAAUAGUUGAAGAAACAAAGCGCUGUGAAGAGAUGUCAAAAGGAGGGGAGAAAGAGAGACGACUGAACUCUGUGCGUUCUUCAGACACUCCCUCGUCCACCUCUUCGUCCACCUCUUCGUCCUCGUCCUCUUCUACUGUCGCCCAAUGCAAGGAGACUAGAACACAUAAGAGGAGCUCAAGUGCUCAAGGAUGCAUGGGAAACUAUGAGGUUAUUACCAUCGACGAUGACAUCAUCACCACAAGCGCCAAAACAACAGACAGUCGGGCUUCCCGGGUGAUGACGGUGCCACAUCUUGACAUCCAGUCAGGAUCCAGAACUGAGUACUUGGCAAGGGGAGGGGGCAGCGUCUCACAGAGAGACUUCCUAGCGAGGGGUGGGACUCAGACGUUGGGAGGAUCUGUGAAGGUUGAGAGUGUGACAGCACUGCGCAGCACACCUCAGUGGCUAACUGCUACCACCACCUCUUUGGCUUCAACCCCCAGUGCAGCUCAGCCUAUCAGCAGGCCCUCUGCCUCCCCAUAUCAAACCAUCAGCCACAUGGGGUUUCACGGGGUUGGAGCGAGGACUCCUCCUGCAAAUGACCCCCCCGCACCCCCAGUGACUGGUUUGGCUCGUUUCCAUCAGUCACUGAGGACUCCCUACUCUCUGAAGCUGCCCAAUGAGCCGGGACAUCCAGCACUCAGACACAUCAUCAUAGACGGCAGCAACGUGGCUAUGGCUCACGGUCUGCAUCGGUUCUUCUCCUGUCGAGGGAUUGCACUGGCUGUAGAGACAUUUUGGAGGCGGGGUCACAGGGAGAUCACGGUAUUUGUUCCACAGUGGCGUCAGAAGAGAGACCGGUUCACAACAGAGCAACAUUUUUUAAACCAGCUAGAGGACCUGAGACUGCUCUCCUUUACUCCGUCCAGAGAAGUCUGUGGCCAGAGGAUAUCCUCACAUGACGACAGGUUUCUGCUCCACCUUGCAGAGAAAACAGACGGGAUCAUUGUAACCAAUGACAACCUGAGGGACUUUGUUGACACAUCGGACACCUGGCGCAGGAUCAUUCAAGAGAGGUUGCUUCAGUUUACAUUUGUGGAGGAUCACUUCAUGAUCCCAGACGACCCUCUGGGGAAGAACGGACCUCAUCUAGACAUCUUCCUGCGUAAAGACAACAGGAGAGCUCCCAUCACUCCUCCCCCUCUGAGACCUCCAGACCUGCGUCCAUCCUCCCAGCAUCAGCCAGUUUACGUACAGGCAGUCCACUCUGCUCCUCGGAUCCCAGCCUCCACACCCAGACCCCCUCCCUCACUUACGCCCCACCCCACCACACACUGGCCCCACUCUGGUCCACCAGAAUGGCAUCCGCCACGUCGCUCCCCUUCCCCCUCGCCUUCCCCUCCUCCACAGCGCUCACCAGGAGAGACAUCGGAGCUGAAGAGAAAGCUGUACGACAUCUUCCCCGAUCAGAAGCAACGGAUCGACCGGAUCCUCAGUGACAACCCGUACAUGAGAGACCUGAACGCCCUGUCAGGACUGCUGCUGGGAUAAAUGACAGCAGACUCACACAGUAUAUAAAAACACACAUGCAGGAAUAUAUGUACAUGUGCCAGCAUAAGAGUAAUUUAUUUUACCAUUUUGUCCAGCCUGGAGGACGGGGAAAUGUCCUUUGAUGUAAUUUUACAUGAAGACUGGUCGUCAAACUAGCUGCUAUGGGCAAAAAGUAUUUUUGAAAGAGUUUUUUUUUUUGCUCCCCCCCCAUUGUGUUUUUCAACUGAUCAAAGUUAACAACACUGGUGUCACCAAAGCAGAAUAUAAACAACACUUCAUAUUUGUCAAACAGCAAUGUUUAUAGUAAUCACAUGGUCAUAAACCUUUACAGUGCAGAGGUCCCUCGAGCACGGGACCAGCAAUGGAAGAAAAAGUAUCGGACCAACGACAGCGAACUGCUUACAGGACGGAUUUCUCCUCCAGAUUAACAACAUCUCACUGAAUAUACAAACUCUGAGCUUUUUCUGGACACGUUUUUGGACAAUGAAAUCUCUGCAUGCUUCUUAUUUUCCAACAUAGUAGCUAGUAUACACUUGUUAUCUUCAGGAACAGAGAGAAGUGACAGUCAGGUUGUAGCAGGUCACUGAACUCCUGUCAGGGCAGUUUCAGCAGUUUGGAGUCACACAGCAGCAACAUGCGGAGCUGAGGGUCAAAGUACUACAGAUUCAACUCUUUCACUCCUUUAGCAUCAUAAAACCACUUUUGGUGAAUCUUUAAUUUGAACUUAUAUUUGAAAACUCAUGAUUUAAAGUGCAGAUGUGCAGACUAAAUUAAAGGAGACGUGUAAGGCCAGUAUUUUGAGGUUGUAGAGACGGGCAGUGAUGAAAAUUUUCUCAUCGUUUCAGUUAAAUCUCUUUAAUUGUAUAUAUGCUAACUGAAUUAAUCUCACUUAGCUUUCCAUUUACUUUUGUUACAGCAUCACUGCUCCUCGCCCCCUCAAAAUGAUACCUGUACUUUUUUUUUUUUUUUAAACACACCAUUAUUCAUUCUCAGGCAUUACUUAGCAUUUGAAUUGCUUUAGCAUACAUCUGCGUACGGCAGCCUGAUCUGAAACAUCUCUAAAUAUCUGUGGAAGAACUCUUCAACUGCUGAAACUGUGUUUGUUUUUCUGGUCCGUGCGUGAGGAGAGAAUAUCUUAUUUAUCCGCUCCCAGCAUCAGUCCAGCAGUUCUGCUUAAAAAACACAGAACAGGGGGAUACAGUCAUGGUUCCACAUCAGCGUUUUGUUCUGAGAUGAGUUGUUAGUUAUCAGUCUCAGUCUUAAGACAAUCUGCAGUUCAUCUGUCUUUUUUUACACACAAACACUACAAUACUUUAAAUGAUCUUUUGCUUACAGAGUUCAAAUACAGUCAUUUAUAAUAACACGCCAUGUUUACUCAACAGAAAGAAAAAAAAAUGCAGUUUUCCUAAAGUUCCAUUUGUAAUUAUUGUAAAAUAGAUAAUUUAAAUGCACUGAAGGUGAGAAAUGGCUUCGUGGAUAAAACAAGGUUUCAUGAAUGAAUCUUCAGAAAAGCUUCCUGUGUUUUUUUUACCCUCAUACACCCAGAGAAUGUGGGCCGAAGCUUGCAUAUUUGAUGUGCAUCUGAGUUUUGUAAGAUACAAACACUUGAUUUCCUUGUAAUAAACAAACAUCUGCACAAAAUUUA